GUGAUGAUUGAUUUUGUCAAUGAAGCUUCAAAUUUCCAUAUUCUAAAGAAACAACGGCACAUUACUAUGCCACAAACAAUUCGUAAUUCACCUAGACAGACUGGACUUAAAUGUCUUCUUGCCAUGGAUAGUGGAUCAGGAAUGAGGAAGUGUUAUACAAGCUGGUAUGAUCCAGCAACCAAAAUUAUUGUAUAAAAAAAUAGAAAUGAGUAUGCAGUUUGGAGGAGGAUGUCGUCUAGCCUUAAUAAAAGAACAUUUCGUUUUUGCCUUGGCUAAUAAAUAUAUUAAUUCAAGAUCAAUUGAAAUGCUUGACUUAUCUUCACAAUCACUCCAAUGGAAAUCAACAGUUAACAUGUUAGUCGAUCGCAAUUUUUUUGCUGUUGGUGUAUUAGAUGAUCGUAUAUACGCUGUUGGCGGAGCAAUUGGUGUUCUCCUUUAAAUAGUGCAGAGGUGUUUGACAUAAGUAUUCAAAAAUGGCAAUUGAUAUCUAAUAUGUAUACUGAGAGAAUGGACCCUGGUGUUGCAGUACUCAAUAAUUUUUUAUACGUGAUAUUUGAAUGUGUUAGUAAUCGGGUAAAACAUGAAUUAGAUUGUACAUAUGACAGUUUGCCUAAAUUAAUGGAACAUGUUCGUUAGUCGUUAGUACCCCAAGAGAAUAUAUCAACAAUUGUAGACGAGGAAACUCUUCUUAAAAAUAAUCCUAAAUGUGAUGAUUGAUUUUGUCAAUGAAGCUUCAAAUUUCCAUAUUCUAAAGAAACAACGGCACAUUACUAUGCCACAAACAAUUCGUAAUUCACCUAGACAGACUGGACUUAAAUGUCUUCUUGCCAUGGAUAGUGGAUCAGGAAUGAGGAAGUGUUAUACAAGCUGGUAUGAUCCAGCAACCAAAAUUAUUGUAUAAAAAAAUAGAAAUGAGUAUGCAGUUUGGAGGAGGAUGUCGUCUAGCCUUAAUAAAAGAACAUUUCGUUUUUGCCUUGGCUAAUAAAUAUAUUAAUUCAAGAUCAAUUGAAAUGCUUGACUUAUCUUCACAAUCACUCCAAUGGAAAUCAACAGUUAACAUGUUAGUCGAUCGCAAUUUUUUUGCUGUUGGUGUAUUAGAUGAUCGUAUAUACGCUGUUGGCGGAGCAAUUGGUGUUCUCCUUUAAAUAGUGCAGAGGUGUUUGACAUAAGUAUUCAAAAAUGGCAAUUGAUAUCUAAUAUGUAUACUGAGAGAAUGGACCCUGGUGUUGCAGUACUCAAUAAUUUUUUAUACGUGUCCGCAGGAGAGCCAAACAUUUGAAAUUUAACAAUAGCGCUAAUAGUUACGCGCCGCUGACCCGGACCGCAACAGGUGGUCGCAUAGAAUGAGAACCAUUGUCUACAGGCUGGGUGAGGUCCGGGGUACGACGGCGGUGACCUGCCAGUUUUCGUGAAGCAGACUAUAACGACACCGAGCGAGAACGCUUCUCGUUUGCGCAUCGAAAUGACGGAGCUCCACGGUUUCCUACCCAAAUUUCUUCCACUCUACCAUCUAGUCGCCGCCGUAAAUUCCCCCACUCGCUACGCACAACCGGUGGCUGAGAUCGGACGAAUUUUGGUCGCCACCCAGAAACGUCAUCUCGUUGGCGUUAGUAACUUAGUAUAGUACAAGGUCUGUAGUUGUCCGUUACUCCGAUUUUUGAUCUGCGGAACAUUUAUCACGAACGAACGCGGUCGGCGCCGAUCAAUAGGGCAGCGUCUCGAUAUCCGCUCUUUCGAUCGUCUUGGACAACGACCAUUGUUACAUUUGCGCACUUGCGUGACCCGUCUGAUUGAGCGAAUAUCAAAAUCCGGUACGAUGACGACCAACUAUCUGAAACAAAAACGUGACCACGACGACGAAAUCGUCGUCGUCCCGGCCUACUUGUCCACCAACUCCGCGAAUACGAACACUACCACAAUCCUGGACUUGCCGACCGAAUUGAUUGAGUAUAUUUGCUGCUAUGACUCGUUGACAUUGAUUGACGUCUUGAACCUUGCUGUUUCGCAUUCCAGACUCAAAAAAUGCUUAUUCCACGAGCAAAACGCUCGCCUCUGGAAAUCCAAAUUCAUACAAAAAUACGGUAUGUUGGACAAUGAGGAAUAUGAAGUUUUUAUCGACGAACAAAAUACUUGGAAAGACGAGAUCAUGUUGCGUAUAAGUUUGGAUAAAGCUGUACCUUCUGAAAUUAUACAAAUGCCACAGAAGUUCAUGAAGUUUGGAAGUAUACCAUAUCAUUUAUAUCCGUUUAGUCAAUAUUUACACUCAAAAAAUGAAGGCCAUAGAUAUUAUAUUCUAUCAGCAAUUGCAGCUUAUUGUAAAAAACUACCGCGGUACGAAUGUAAUGAAAAUUAUCAUGUAUUGUACAUGGCACAUCAAUUUCUUAUGUAUUCGUGCCAAGUGUAUUUUGGUUACAAGUUACGUAAUUUCAUAAGUUUACCAAUGGUAGAACAAACUGUUGAACGAGGAUUUCACUUACUUGAACGUUGGUGGUGUCCUACGGUUAUCAUACCUUAUCGCGAUAUAAAUGAAAGUUUAAAUAAUAUAGCUAUUGAUGUGUGUAAUCGCAUUUAUUUAGCAAACCCAGUCCAUCCUCUGUUUGAACAUAACAACUGUUUGAAACAAAUUGUUGAACGAGGGAAAUUCAAUCUUUCUAAUGAUUUAUUUGAUGAAACCAGCACAAUGUUUAUACUUGACCACAUAAGACAAAUCAUAUUUUCAAAUGAUCAACUGGUGUGUGAUUGUACCGAUGACUUAAAUUGCUAUUUGUUGUAUCAUGUUAUUGAACGGAGAAAAGGUUCUGUAAUUUUGCUGUGUGUAAUAUUUGAAUCGGUUGCUAGACGAUUAGGAGUAAAAGUUGGUAUAACUGCAAUGUCUGUUCACGAUAAUUAUGACAAUUUUGUAUCUUGGUCAUCUUCAUGGCCAGGAAGCAAACAUAACAAGCCUACAUACUACUUGGUAGACAUUGCUGAUCGUGGUGCCAUAUGGAUGGCUACAGUUAUUGAAAACACAACAGUAUCGCCAAUCCGCAGGUCGACUGGAAUUUAUGUACUUGACUUAUUUUGGACAUUUAGUCAAUGCGUGGAAACGAUCUUUUGGCCAAGGGUAAAAUCACGUAAAUAUAUUUUGGAUUUCCAAAAACUUUUAAAACCUGAUGAUUCUCAGCUUCAGUGUCGAAGUCAAAAAACACUUAAGGCAUAUGACUAUUGUCAAUGUCCCUUAAUCAGAAAUCCAGCUAAUCCAGAUGCUCCAAACCAUGAAUAUGAGAUGAACAAUAUUUUCAUACAAUGGCAAGACGUUUUCCCCAUGGAACCAAGAACACGUGGUGAGAGUUAUGAUCCUAAAUUUUCAAUUGGGAUGAUAAUUGAAUAUCCUAACGACCAUUCAAGCAGAUACACUACACGUGGUAUUGUUGUGGGCUGGAAAAGAGUGUCGUCCGAAAACUACCCAACAACUGUUUACUUUGUACUUGGCAAACAUUAUAAAAAAAACAUUCAAAUUUUUGAAAACGUCAUAUUCGAAAAAUUUGCGGAAGACAGACCUGGAGAAUUGCAGCGACAACUAAAUCCAGACAAUUACCUUGCCAUGAACAUUGGCAAGUUUUUCACACAUUUCAGUCAUGAGUUGUGCGCUUUUGUGCCGAUUAAUAGUUUGGCACAAUUUUAUCCCGAUGAUCUAUCUUACACUUAUGCUCAGUUAUAAUUAAUAAUAUGUAAUACAUAAUAAUAUAUUAUAAUGGUAUGUAAAUAAUUCUAUGUUUUUUUAAACAAUAAAAGCAUAUUAUCUGCAUAUUAACAAGUUUAAGGAAUAUUUAAAGAUUAUUUAAGGGUUUUUUUAGAGCAUAGAUAUUAGCAUCAUAUUUUAAGUUUUUAAGAACCUAAAAAUCUGCGCUUUAGCGAUAAACAAAGCGUUACCAAUGCAAAAUCGGUUAGAAAAUAAAUAUAAAAGAAACUUGGGUGGCGGGGGAGGAGAAGUUUGCCACCCCACAAAAAAAAACAUGUAAAGCUUUCUGAAAAUAUCUGCAUGCUUCCGGUCAAUUAAAGUGAUUAAGCUACAUUUAAAUAAUAUAUAACGCUUUUAUUUUUUAUUAUAUACUUGUAAUUUACAUUUAUCCAUCACACUGAUAUGAUUUAUAUUAUAUAUAUUUAUCUAUAAUAAUUAUAAUCCUCAUUAGAUAAACUAAAAACAUCGUUUUAUUUGAAAAAAACAUAAUUUUUCUAUAUUUUAUUAUAAAUUAUGUAUUAAUAAAGAUUUGU